AUGAGUUCCGAAACGAUCGUCAUUAAAAAACACGGCGUAGAUCGUACGAUGAAGUCGCCGAAUACGGAUAGCACGAAAUCCAAACUCCUCAUUUCCACGCUUUGGAUUUUCUCGUCGUUGUAUUCAUCGGCCAAGAUAGACUUCAACGCGAACAUAACGGGCAUAUCCAUAGGAUUCAAUUUACAGGACGUCAUCUUGGUGGCGCUCACUGCUUGGAUGCUGCAUAAAGGUGUAACGACCAGAACCAUCGCUUUGAUAUUCCCGUGGGUAUCGGCCACCGCUUACAGCCUGUACUACAAUCACUACAAGAGUCUUAUGAAGAUGACGAGGAUUUUGAAGCACGUUAAAAACACCACGGCGCUGCCUUGGAUAGCGCUGUUUGCGACAACAGUAGGAAUAGUGUUAAGGGUCGUUUUGGUGUUGAGAAUAUUGCAGCUGUCAGCGAAUUUGUGGUACAGGAAAAGAUUGGAGAAAGAGUUGUACAAUCCCGUCAAUUAA